GAGCAGGGAUGUUGGGAAGGGGCAAAGAAAGGAGGCAGAGAGAAGGGCCAUCAAAUAGUGGACUCAGAUAAGUCAUUAAAUGAAAACAAAUGGAAGAGCUAUUGUUCUAAACCAGGGUGGUACAUAAAGAUAAAAUUAAAUAACAUGGAAAACACUUUACAAAUCUAAUGGGCUAUAUAAAAAAAAAAGUUAGUUGCUUUUGUUCUUGUUAAAAUAGCCCUUAUUCCCCUUGAAUUGAAAGAUAUAGACUUCUCUUUCUAUUUUGUCUUCACUUCCCCUUGACUUUUGUCUUUUGAGAACAGACAUUCCACAAAAGUAAAUUGUUUCCAAAGAAAAAUGCUCCUUAGUUUUAGAACAUAACACUUUUAGAUGGAGUAACCUUAAGUCGGUUACUUGUAAUAUCUAUUUAAGUAAACAUUCCAAAAUUCUAUUUUAAACAGAAACUUAUAGAGGGGAUUCGGAAACAUCAAUAUUGUUGUCAAUGUCAUUAUCUCUAAUUAAUCAAACAGAUCUUUAAAACAGGAGGGGUUCUAAAGAGGGAAAAGGGAAGAAGGGACAUUAUUGUUUUGUUUUUGUUUAUUCUCAAAGUGGCAGAGAAGCAGCAGCAAUUUACUAAUUCAGGACAAUUUCUUAUCCUGGCCAAGCCCUUCGAAUGGGGAUAUAUAACCAGAGAGUUUAAGGAAAGGGCCAGAUGGAAGUGACUGUUGGGAGCUUCCCUGAAACCGAAAAGCAAAGUUGUGGGGCUUUAUGGCCCCGUGCUGGUGUGGGGAAUACCUGUUCUGCUCCGCUCCUGGCUGCUCCCACUGCUUGGGAGGGGCUGUGCACAUCACCUAGCACUCAGUCGCUUUCCCAUCUGUCUUCUAACCCACCCCAGACUCAUCUCUCCUCCUCCAGCCCAGCACCUCCUCAUCGCCCCUCCUCCGGUUCCUCUGCCUGCCUUCUAGUCUCCCCUUCCCCGCCCCCGCCCCCCAUCCCCUCCUCUUUUUCUCACUAUAGGCAGCCGCGGCUGCCUGGGCUGAGAGUCAUUUGAGCUCCCACCGCAGACAUGGCGACGUUGACAGUGGUCCAGCCGCUCACACUGGACAGAGAUGUUGCAAGAGCAAUUGAGUUAUUGGAGAAACUACAAGAAUCUGGAGAGGUACCAGUUCAAAAGCUACAGUCCCUCAAAAAAGUUCUGCAGAGUGAGUUUUGUACAGCUAUUCGCGAGGUGUAUCAAUAUAUGCAUGAAACCAUAACAGUGAAUGGGUGCCCCGAGUUCCGUGCCAGGGCCACUGCAAAGGCAACAGUUGCAGCUUUUGCAGCUAGUGAAGGUCAUUCCCAUCCUCGAGUAGUGGAACUACCCAAGACUGAUGAGGGCCUUGGCUUUAAUGUGAUGGGAGGAAAGGAGCAAAACUCCCCCAUUUAUAUCUCUCGCAUCAUUCCCGGAGGGGUAGCCGAAAGACAUGGAGGCCUCAAAAGGGGAGACCAGCUGCUGUCAGUGAAUGGAGUGAGUGUGGAAGGGGAACAUCAUGAGAAGGCAGUGGAACUGCUCAAAGCAGCUAAAGAAAGUGUCAAACUGGUGGUCCGCUACACACCCAAAGUGCUAGAAGAGAUGGAGGCUCGCUUUGAGAAGCUCCGGACUGCUAGGCGCCGACAGCAACAGCAGCUGCUGAUUCAGCAGCAACAGCAACAGCAGCAGCAGCAGCAGACACAGCAAAACCACAUGUCCUAGGUCAUUGAGAAGAAAAUAUUUAGAUCCAGUGGUCUGGCCAUCAUGUAGAGUUGGAUCUGUGCUUCAGGGUUACAGCAACUGAUGAAAGACAAAGAAAGCACCAAUAAUCAUACUUGUCAAGAAAGAAGCUAUGAAUAAACACUGUAAAAUUCUUUACCAAGACAACUCUAUACCUUCUUUCUCUGGGCCUGACCCCCUGCCAAUCAUGUGCUCUUUACAUGCACAGCCCUUCCAUUCACAGCCCUGGGAGUUCUCUAUGUGUAAAAAUGAAGGCUUCUCCAUAUGCUGUUGACUCCACCUGCAGACUUUAACAUUCUAGGAAGAAAAAAAAAAUCUGUGGCUUUUAAAUACCUUCCUAGGG